UACCAUUUUGUGUUGUGUAUUUGAACUACCGCUAUUGUUUAUAGAUUGUAUUUUAUCCAUAUUUCUGGCAUAUUACAACGUGAAUUGGUUAAUUUUUAGCAAUAAAUAAUAGUCGCUGAGGGAACAUUGUUUAAUUAAACACGUGGUUCUUUAAUUAAAAAAGUUAAACCACUAUAAAGUUUAAAAGAAAAACGUGAGAAACGUGCUCAAGGUCAAAAGUUACUACUAGAAUUGACUAAAAAAGUAGUCCUUUCAAUUGCAUUAUCAAAAAGGAUAAGCUAAAGUCUGUGAUAUUAAGUAUUUUAUGGUAUUCAAUUUAAAUAAAACUAUCAACAUGUCCAACAAAUUCGACACAUUAAAAUAUCAUAACAAUGAAAACUCUGACAAUGAAGAUGACAUAGGUCCAAAUAUAACAGACUUGGGUCCAGUUGAUUACCCACCUGGAGAACAUAGGUUACAGCAUGCCUAUUGUUUGUGGUUUUCUAAAAGACCCUCGCAAAUACAAGGUUCACAGAACUACAGUCAAGCCUUACGUCUGGUAGGACAGGUUGGAACUGUAGAACAGUGGUGGGCCUUGUAUUCACAUCUAAUUAGGCUUAAUGACUUACCUGCUCAUAGAGAUUUGCACCUCUUUAAGAAGGGCAUAAGACCUAUGUGGGAAGAUCCUUCUAAUAAAAAGGGUGGGAAAUGGGUAUUUAGGCUAAAAAAGGAACAAGCUGCCAGAGCAUGGGAAAAUUUAUGUAUGGCAAUGUUAGGAGAGCAGUUUAUGGCUGGCAAUGAAAUAUGUGGGGUGGUAGUUUCCACAAGAUAUCAAGAAUAUCUUCUGAGUGUUUGGAAUAGAACAGCCUCAGACCAAGCAAUGAUUGCCAGGAUUAGGGAUGCUUUAAAAAGACUCUUAAAUAUACCACCAAGUGCCACUAUGGAAUAUAAGAUACAUAGUGAUUGCCUUAAAUUUGGGGCAACAAAACAAAUACAAAACAUCAAUGCAAAUAGUAUGUUGAAAAGUUGACUUAAUGGCAAAUACAUUCAACCCUAUAACUCCUACCUGCAGAACUUUACAAUGGGAGAUUCAAACAGUGCCCUCUGUGACAAUUAAGUUUUAAAACAACCAAACCAGAUUUUGCCGUUUUUAGUAAAACAGCCUUUAAAUAUAUUUGUUUAAAUAACUA